UUCCGGAGGAAGAGGCACCUGGCGAGGGGGACAGUUUGGGAGUCUCAGGAUGGAGCAGCCGGGAGCGGAUAGCGAUGCUGAACCGGUGGCUGGACCUGAUCCGGAACUAGCAGCCACAAUGGGCUUCUCUGGCUUUGGAAAGAAAGCUCGAACAUUUGACUUCAAUGCAAUGUUUGAACAAACUCGAAGAACUGCGGUGGAAAGAAGUAGGAAGGUUCUGGAAGACCGUGAGAAAGAGGCAGCUCAGAAAGAAGAAGAAUCCGGGAGCCAUGACGCUGUCAGUCCAAAAGCUGCCUCUUCGCAUACAAUAGUGAGAACAACCUCUGAGGAUUCAGAUAGUAGUGAAAGUGAAGACAGUUCGGAUGAAGAAUUAAUUGGUCCACCUCUGCCACCCCAAGGACCAGUGGAAAAAACUGAGGAUGAUGAGCUCAUUGGACCGCCCCUGCCCCCUGGGUACAAGGGCAGCGAUGAGGAGGAGGAAGAGGAAGAUGAAAUGCAAGAAGAAGAUGAGCACCCUGUCAAGAAGAUUCCUGACUCGCAUGAAAUUACACUGCACCAUGGAACAAAAACAGUCUCUGCUCUGGGGUUGGAUCCCUCAGGUGCACGUUUGAUAACUGGAGGUUUUGACUACGAUGUUCGAUUUUGGGAUUUUGCAGGAAUGGAUGCUUCUCUUCAAGCUUUUCGAUCUUUGCAGCCAUGUGAAUGUCAUCAGAUCAGGUCCCUGCAGUAUAGCAGCACAGGGGAUGUAAUCCUCGUUGUUUCCGGAAACUCUCAAGCAAAGGUCCUCGAUCGAGAUGGCUUCCCUGUAAUGGAGUGUGUCAAAGGAGACCAGUACAUCGUAGACAUGGCGAACACCAAGGGGCACACAGCAAUGCUGAAUUCAGGCUGUUGGCAUCCCAAAAUAAAGGAGGAGUUCUUGACAUGUUCCAAUGACGGGACUGUGAGGACGUGGGAUGUUAACAAUGACAAAAAGCAUAAAGGCGUAUUUAAACCCCGGUCAGCUCAAGGUAAACGAGUGAUUCCCACAUGCUGCACCUACAGCAGAGACGGUAAGCUCAUCGCCGCCGGCUGCCAGGAUGGGUCUAUCCAGAUCUGGGAUAGGAAUAUGAAUGUUCAUACCAAAUUCCACUGCAGGCAGGCACAUGCUCCAGGCACUGACACUUCAUGCUUGACAUUUUCUUAUGAUGGCACCGCUCUUGCCAGUCGAGGAGGAGACGAUACCUUAAAAAUCUGGGAUAUCAGACAGUUUAAAACACCUGUUAAUUCAGUCACAGGUCUACCUAGCUUCUUCCCCAUGACAGACUGCUGUUUCAGCCCCGAUGAUAAACUACUUGUUACUGGUACUUCUGUUAAGAAAGGAGGUGGCCAUGGAAAACUUCUUUUCUUUGAGCGGGAGACAUUUAAGAAAGUGUAUGAAAUAGAUGUCACAGAUGCGAGUGUUGUCCGUUGUCUCUGGCACCCCAAGCUGAACCAAAUCAUGGUUGGUACAGGAAAUGGAUUAGCUAAAGUAUAUUACGAUCCUAUCAAAAGUCAAAGGGGAGCAAAAUUGUGUGUUGUGAAAACAAAAAGAAAAGAGAGACAAGCAGAGACUCUCACACAGGAUUAUAUUAUAACACCUCACGCACUCCCGAUGUUUCGUGAACCACGCCAGAGAAGUACAAGAAAGCAGUUGGAAAAAGAUCGGCUGGAUCCCAUGAAAUCUCACAAGCCUGAGCCUCCAGUAGCAGGACCAGGUCGUGGUGGCCGUGUCGGGACUCAUGGUGGGACUCUGUCUUCAUACAUUGUCAAGAAUAUUGCACUGGAUAAGACUGACGAUAGCAACCCCCGGGAGGCCAUUUUACGACAUGCCAAGGAAGCCGAGGAGAACCCCUACUGGGUUGCUCCAGCAUAUUCAAAGACUCAACCAACUACAGUUUUUGCUGAAGUAGAAUCUGACGAAGAUGAAACAGAUGACAAGCCAGAAUGGAAAAAACGUAAAAUUUGAAGAAUUUAAAUUGGAAGAGUCUCACAAGACAGCUGGAAUUAAGUUGAAUUCUUUUUCCUUAUGCAAGAGGAAACAAAUUUCUGCAAGUAAAAUUGCUUACAUGCACAGGACUUGAAAGAAGACCAUCAUAAAGUGAACUAGAAUCACUUACAUUGAAUCUGCAUUUUGUAAACAGAACUCGUAAAUAAAAGCUUAUUUUUUAAAAUUUUGUUUUCUUUUAGAGCCAUUUUUCUUCCAUUUUUAUUAGCCCAAGUUUGACUUAAAAACAUUUUCUUGCCCUCAGAUGACUUUUCAGAUGAUGUCAUAUAUCACUGAAGACUUUUGAGAAAACAAAAUACUCACAGAUUCAUAGGAAGGUGUAGAACAAUUUUAAGUUCUAUAUUUGUUGUAAAUGUUUUGUUGCUAAUUUAAUUUGACUAUGACAGCUGUUUCUAGAAUAUAUUGCUAAUGUGUGAAUUGUACAGUAACUUGUAUUCCUAACCAAUAUGUUUAUUUUUAGUUAUCUAUAACAUGAGACUAUUUCUUUAUAGAUGUAAGAUCUAAUCCAUAGAGCUGGAUCAGUGGUACUCUUCUUCUCAUAGAAGGAAACUUCUGUUCACAGAGUGAAUUAUUCUGUGAGUGGAAGAAUCAUUCUCUGAGCAAAAGAGUACUUUCGAUCCAACUCAUUGUCUCAAAUAGAAAUUAAUAUUAUCUCUUUUAUUGAUUGUGUACAACAGGCCAAUUAUUCUGUUCCAGGAAACAAUAACAUCUCGAUGUUCAUAAGAGGAAGGCCUUUAUCCCCAGUUGUCUAUAUGUUUACUAAUACUGUAAUAAUUAGGGCCAUUUCCACACGGCUUACCUUGUUCUGGAAAACAGCGAAAUCUUGCACGAAAUUGCGUGAGAAGACGCUAUCGCGUGAAAUCGCACAAGAAGAUGCUGUUAUCGUGUGAGAAGAUGCGAUAACAGCGUCUUCUCACGCGAGAUUUUGCUGUUUUCCAGAACAAGUUAAGCCAUGUGGAAACAGCCAAGGUCUGGAGUGUGAUAGUAAGUUUCUGCAAUGGAUACCAAAAUAUCAUAGAGAUUUAACAUCUUGACCUGUUGUUCAGUGAAAUAGUUCAGUUUAAAAAAUGAAACAGUCCAAGAGAACAUUACAGGAGACUCAAAGAAUGAAUGGGGAAUUGAAAGACAUUCAGAAGAAGUUAUACUUAUGACUUAUCAACACUGACACACUUUGGAUGGUGAUCGAACUAUAUAUAUUGUCUUGUGACUGUUCCUUGGGGAACCACUGACGUUUUUUAAUGACACAGUGUUCACAAAGAUUCGAGCUAUUCAAACAACAAAGCUGUCAGAUUGUUUGCAGUCCAGCUUCUAUAAAGAAAGGGAACAUUAUCUUUUGGAUCAAAAGCUCAAACUGACCAUAGAGACAGAAGUAGCUUUAUGGACCAAUCCAAGGAUCUGAAAGAGGUCCUGGGAGGUGAUGAAACUAUGGGUCAGAGAGCCCAAAAUAAUGUUAAGCC